AUGGCUUGCCUCCUCGCGCUCGUCGCUAGCAUCACCCUAGCUACUGCUUUGCCCUCAACACACGGAUUUGACUGGGCUUCCACAAAGGCGCUACUUGCAUUCGGCGAUUCGUACACCUAUGUCCAGGGUACGCACGGCCACCAGAACUUCAGCUUCAUUGGCGAUCUCUUCAACUACGCCUACGAUGCACAGACUCUUUUCUCGGACAUGAUUGUCCAAAACCAGACUGGCACAGCAGAAGGCGGCCCAAACUGGAUCGAACAUCUCACAGGCUGCGGCCUCGAAGAAGGCCACACCUCGCCAAGCAGCUGUGAACGAGAACUAUGGGACUUUGCCUUUGCAGGGGCAGAUAUCUCAGAGAAGUACACACCGCGCCACCACAACUUCACCGUCUCCCUCGAAGAGCAAGUCAUGCAGUACAUAGAGUACGGCCAUAAGCCCCUCUCGGGCAGACUCUCAACCCACGAAACCCUCGUAGCAAUCUGGAUCGGAAUCAACGACGUGGGCGAUAGCGCACAUUACACGACGGUAGACUAUUUCCCGACAUUCUACAACGCCCUCAUGACAACGCUCUUCGAGUCCGUGGACAAACUAUACGGUCUAGGAUUCCGCUCAUAUCUAUUCUUCAAUCUUCCGCCUAUGGACCGUGACCCGUCGAAUCUGGUGUCCAGCAACCCAAACCCCAAUAUCACCCAGGUGGAAUGGUACAAUGCCGCGGUGGCUCAGCAUGCAGAGUCCUUUGGAAAGAAGUAUGCUGAUACGAACGUGAUGCUGUUUGAUGCGCAUGCGAGAUUGAGUGCUAUCUUGGACGAUCCUGCUCCCUAUGGGAUUGUGAAUACGACCAAUUUUUGCGCUGGGUAUGACCAGCCAGAUAUCUAUACGAAUUAUCGGAGCUAUGGAUGUCCGACGCCGUUGGAUACCUAUUUCUGGUAUAAUUCGGGGCAUAUGACGAGCCAUGUGCAUGCUAUCCUGGCUCGGGAGUUGGGGGAGUGGUUGGAGGAACAGAAGUAG